AUGAACGUGGGCAGAAACAUGUUUCCUGUCCAGAAUAUGCCUGACUUGAGUGACGGGGACUCUCCUCGCCCUCAAUUGGCUCGGAGACUUUUGUGGUUCCAGAGUUUCAUGAUAGGCGCCAGUGCUACCAUCGGAUUGGGGAUCUUCAUUCGCAUUGGUGAGGUGCUCUCCGUGUCUGGACCAGCCGGAACUAUUCUAGCUUUUGGCCUGGUGGGCUUGGUGUCCAUUGCAGUAAUGGAUGGUGUUGCCGAGAUGAUUGAGCUGUGGCCGGUUUCCAAUCCAUUUCUCGAAUUUGUAUCCGCCUUUGUGGACGAGGACCUUGGUAAAGUGGUUGGCUUUGCAUACUGGUAUACAUAUGCAAUGGGUUUCCAAUCCUUACUCAGCGCCGCUGGCGGUCUCAUCACCCUCUGGAUCAAUGACAAGGCGACUCUACAACUCUAUCAAAGGGUGAUCUUUUACUUCGUCAGCCCUUUGGUACUGUUCUGUUUGAAUUACAUGGGAGUCUUUUGGGUUGGCAUGGUCGAGACAGUGUUUGGGGUUGCGAAAAUCACGUUCCUCAUAGCCGUCUUCUUCCUAACGCUUGCGGUCGACUAUGGUCGAGUCGGUACCAAUCCACAAACCACAGGAACAAGCUGCAUUGACGACGGGUUUCGAGCAAAUCCAAUCAUCGCUAACAGCCGGUUUGAAGCCUUUCUAGUUGCCGUCCCGACCGCGGCGUUCGCCUUCAUCGGUGUCGAAACAGUCGCCAUCACUGCAUACGAAGCAAAGAGCAGGAAACACGUGAAGCCGCCUGCCCGGCUCAUUGCGUGGUGUAUGACAGGGCUAUAUUUGCUGAGCGUCUGUGGAUCUGUUCUUAGUGUGAGCUGGCAAGACCCUCGUCUGCCUACCUUGUAUCGUGGUCAAAAGCCCAAUCCCCAGGAGAACAUCCGAUGUAGAGGUCCGAGAACACUGCCAGAGUUUCCGGAAAAAGAGCUCAACAAACCUCCGAUUGUCAUCGCCCUCAUGAAUGUGGGUUCCAGGGUUGGACGAGAUGCACUUACUGGUUGUCUCAUAUUUGUCGUAUUGAGUGCUGCUAACGCUGCCCUCUAUGUCGCCUCACGUACCAUGUUCGGACUCACUAAAGACAUCGACAAAAACACCGGGUUAGUCUCGUGGGUACUGAGCUGGCUAGGCUUCGUCACCAAAGGUAGAGGUCAUCAUGGAGCGGCAGGAGCGACUUUCGGUCAGAUACCCGCCGGAGCCUUGAUCUUUUCGGUCCUCAUCUUUUACUGGGCACCUUUCACUACGAAUGGCCAGGUGUUAGAUGUCUUGAGUGCGAUGGGUACCGUGGGAUGUCUCCUCGUCUGGGCAUCUCAAGCGUUGGCAUAUAUUAGGUUUGAUCAUCUGCGACGUAAGUACAAUACCAUACGACCUCAUAUCAGAGAGAAGAAAUCGCCGGGUCAACCCUUCUAUGCUUGGUUUGCUCUGAUCAGCUGUUUGAUCAUCGUCCUUCUCCUGAAUACAGCGAGUUGGUGGAACGGAAAACACAUCUACCCAGCAAGGUGGCUCCAGGUGUACAUAGGGCCACUUGUCUUAUUAGUUUUGUACAUCGUUCUGAAACUUUCUCGCUUGCGCAGCUCGAGGUUUCGAAACGGCGAUAGCGAGAAGGAGCAGUUCUUUGCGGCCUUGCGUGAUCUCGAGAGAAAGGCUAGAGAGACUGUUGAUACUCGAGUGCCUAUGCAGGACUUGCGUGUCAACGGAGAUGAGAACCCGGGUCCCAUACUGGAUGACGGGAUAAUGCUGGGAGAAGAUCGGGAUAGGGACCCUAUUCCUCAUGAAGAUUCAGAUCAUGAGUUAGUAGAAGAACCCAAGGGUGCGUUGCAGACUAAUUUCCCGUCUGGAAUCGAGGUCAUGGACGAGCGAGACUCGUUCGAGCAAGCUAUCAAUCGUCUUCAGUAG